UGUCGGUUCGGAAUUUUUCAGUUUUUCGACCUUACACAAUGAUCGCGUCAUUGUGCCGGUUCGAAAUUUUUACUUUUCUUUCGAAAAUUUUUUAUUCUUCGAAUGUUCUAGAACAUUCUAA